AUGAGCCCGAGGUUUGUUCCCCAAACGGAUGUGUCCAAUGCAACAGUCAAUGGACUCGCAGUCGUUUCUAUAAAUGUUGUUUUGGAAGUUAAUUGUCCUUCAGGAUCAGUGCCUAUUCGAAGGAUAACGAAGGAGCAAAAAAUCCGAGCUAAAGCCAGCUUCAGGAAACAUGUUCGAGGUUCUUAUCCUGUAAAUGAUGGUGGCCCGGAAGGAAUUGCUACAGCUCAAAAAACGGCUACUGUGUACCAUGGCGCAGCAGGAUUUAUCACUAUAAGCAAUCCAACGGCUGGACCUGGGCAAUUUAGUGCAUCUGUGAUUUCAAUUGAAGCUGGUCCUCCCGAACAGUUUGGGGUAAUUAGGAUUGGCUGGAUGGUUAACAUGGAUCUCUACAUGGACAAUCGCACUCGACUAUACACAAUUUGGGGUCAAGUGAUCAACGGAGAGAUCCAUGGCUGCUACAACACAUAUUGUUCUGGUUUCGUCCACACAAAUCCCAGAAUCCCACUUGAUAUGGUCCUGGAGCCAGUUUCGGUCAUUCGUGGACAGCAAUACUAUGUCAAACUUGCAGUAACUCAGGAUAAAUCAACAGGGAAUUGGUUGCUCUGGUAUGGAGAAAAUGGUGAACAAGUUGGGUACUGGCCAAGCAAAAUAUUCAUCAAUCUGAAGGACGGUGCAGAUGUUCUUCGAUGGGGAGGAAUGGUUGAUAGUAGCACACCACAAGUACCACAAAUGGGAAAUGGUGACAAUGGUGAAAUCCAUAGCUCUAAAGUUAUGCGUGUUGCUCUUACAUAUGAAUCUCAACCAUCUUUAAAUGGCACCGUCGAUGUACCAAUAGAAGUUUGGAAAACGAAAUGCUACAAAUCUGGAGAUAAUUCAUACAAGGGUGAGUACUGGGGAUAUAGUUUUUAUUUUGGAGGUGAAGGAGGAGAUGUAAGCAGGUGCUCGAAUUAA